CCUGCUCAGUGGUUGAACCUGCCGAGGGUUCAGGUGAGCCGCCCGGAAUGAAGUUCAGGAGCAGGAGCGGACUUCCUACUCGGUGCACCGCGGAUUCUGGACUUUACUGGAGUUUAUUGGAGUUUAGAAGAGAGUUUCUCUCUGUAUGAUGAUCGAGCUGGAGGUGGAGACGGGGGGAGGAAGAGGAGAGGGGUUAGUGAAGACGGACAGAGAGCUGAUCAGUAUUCCGGAUGUGAUCAAGAAACGCGUGUGCACCACGUUUGUGGAGGAUUCGUUCAGUAAUGGUCAUCUGUGUCAGUGCGGUGGCUCGAGGGACAGUCACGCCACGGUCAGUCUGAACGAUUACUUCAGCAGUGCUAUCGUCAGUCACUGGGACAGCGCUCUGCACUCCUCUGAGGCUCCUACUGACGCUUUCGGAGAGGUGGAGUUCGGCGGGGUCAGCAAGAGGCACAGCAAUUUCCUGCGUCUCUCCUCUGAUACCCCUCCUGCUACUGCCUACACCAUCUUAACCAGUAACUGGGGUCUGCCGAAGCCGAACCUGGUGCUGUCUGUGGUUGGUGGCGUUGGAAGGUCAAAGGUGAAACCCAAGCUGCGAGAAGUGCUCAGGCAGGGUCUGGUCAGAGCCGCGCAGAGUACAGGAGCGUGGAUUCUGUCUGGAGGACUGCGAGAGGGCAUUGACCGCUGCCUUGGAGAGGCUGUGAGAGAUCACACAACAGCUGCAUCCUCUGACUCUCUCACAAAAGUGGUGGCUAUAGGCGUUGCUCCGUGGGGUCUGGUUAACCUGCGGGAUGAGCUGGUCAACCCAGAGGGCAGUUACCCGGCCGGAUACUUUGUUACGAACACGUCUCGGGACUCGUACUGCCUCGAUACCAAUCACCAGGCUUUCCUCCUGGUGGACGAUGGGAGCACCGGUCGCAGAGGAGGCGAGGCCCGCUUCAGAGCUGGCCUGGAAAACUACAUUUCCCAGCAGCGCACCGGCAAGCUGGGCAGUGGAAGCAUGGACAUCCCUGUGCUGUGCACACUGGUCUCGGGUGAGCUUUACAUGCUUGAGAGGCUGGACCUCUCCCUGAAGAAGUGUAUCCCCUGGAUGGUUCUGGCUGGAUCAGGGGGGCUGGCUGACCUGGUGACUGAUGUUCUGGAGAACGUCGCUGCUGCCCCUGUUUUGCCAGCUGGAGGGGCAGAAGGUGAGGGAGAGGCAACAACCAAAAUCAACCUCAGAGAAAGAGUGGCGGAAAAAGUAGUGAAACACUUUCCCUCUGAGCCGGACGUGGACAAGCUCGUGGAUAAGCUUCUUAAUGUUCACAAGAGCCAAGAUCUGAUCUCCAUCUACCAUUUAGAGCAGGAGGGUCCAGAAGACUUUGAUACCGUUCUGCUGAAGGCUCUAGUCAGAGCGAGUAAGCAGCGCCUCUCAAGUGAUGCCAGCCUCAGCACAGAGGAACUGAAGCUGGCUGUGACCUGGAACAGAGUGGACAUAGCCAGGAGUGAGCUCUUCACUGGAGACAUCCAAUGGAAGAACGAGAGUCUGGAAAGCUUCAUGACUGACGCCCUGGUGAACGACAAGCCUCAGUUUGUGCGCCUCUUCAUUGAAAAUGGCCUGAAUGUUCAGGAGUACAUGACGUUCGGUCGUCUGGAGGAGCUUUACCGCUCGAUCUCGGACAGCUCGGUGGCCUACACUCUUCUACAGCGCCACCUCUCGGAGCGGCAGGGUGUGGCCGGCACCGGCUGGCCUGCUGCAGAUCCGGCUAAAGGACUGACCCUGUAUGAGGUGGCUCAGCUCCUGGAGGACUUGCUGGGUGAUGUGUGUCAGCCAUUCUACGAUGAUAAGCUGAAGAUACAGGGCAUCACCUCCAGAAGAAAGACCAUAAAGAAACUGACCACAGUCUUACAGGAGGGCGAGUAUCGACAGCAAAGGUGCGUUUUCCCAUGGGCUUCCCUCUUCACCUGGGCUGUGCUGCAGAACCGCAGCGAGAUGGCUGUGUUCUUCUGGGAAAUGACGCCGGAGUCUGUGCUCAGCGCUUUGAGUGCCUGUAAGCUGCUGAGAGAACUCUGCAAGCUGGAGAACGAAACUGAGACCAAGCAUUCCCUGAAAGAACUGGCCAUGAAAUUUGAGAACUUAGCACAUGACGUGUUCAGUAAGUGCUACCAGAGCAGCGAGAGUCGAUCCUUCGUCCUCCUGAAGAAAAAGUCGGUGGUGUGGAGAGGAGCUACGUGUCUGCAGAUGGCCAUGGAGGCGGACGCUCGACACUUCUUCAGCCAUGAUGGCGUGCAGACUCUGUUGUCUCAGAUCUGGUGGGGAGAUAUGGACAGAAGUACAGAGAACUGGAAGCUGGUCCUCACUCUGUUCAUCCCUCCUCUCUGCUACACCAGCCUCAUCUCCUUCAGAGAGGUAGAGGAGGCGGAGGAUGGCACACCUGAAGAAGCCCCCAAGGCCAGGGAUAUAGACUGGCUUUACGCUGAAACCGUCUUCUCUUUCGCCGACAUCAAGCGCAUUCAGACAAAACAAGAGGAGUUGACUCAGAUAAGAUUUACCCCAAAAGGCAAUCCCACGAAGAAGUCCCCUCAGAAGCAGUGUUUCCUGCUGUCUCGUUGGAAGCAGUUCUGGUACGCUCCAGUCACGGCGUUUCUGGGCAACAUGUUGAUGUACUUCCUCUUUUUGCUCCUGUUUGCUUACAUUCUGUUGGUGGACUUCAAGCCUCCGCCCCCCAAAGGCCCGUCUCCGAUGGAGCUGCUGCUGUACUUCUGGGUCUUCACCAUCGUAUGUGAGGAGAUUCGAGGGACGUUCUUCAUAGGCAACAUGACUGUUCGCCAGAGGAUACGGCAGUACACUCAGGACCUGUGGCACAAGUGUGACCUCAUCGCCAUUACUCUUUUCCUCAUUGGUCUGUGCUGCAGGAUGUUCAGGCGCUCGUUCUGGUUCGCUCGUGCUGCUCUGUGUCUAGACUACAUGGUCUUCACUCUUAGACUCAUCCACAUCUUUGCCAUCCAUAAACAGCUCGGGCCCAAAAUCAUCAUUGUGGGCAAAAUGAUGAAGGAUGUGUUCUUCUUCCUGUUCUUCCUGGCUGUGUGGAUGAUGGCCUAUGGAGUAGCCAAUCAGGGCCUGAUCUACUCCUUCGACCCGAGUGCUGAUAGGAUACUGCGUCGGGUCUUCUACAGACCAUACCUGCACAUAUUUGGUCAGAUCCCUUAUGAGCAAAUGGACUCGGGCUUUGAGUGGGAUGUAACCUGCACAACAAAUGUAACGGAAAUUGACGAGAACAUGGAGCCGUGCAGAGACACCCGUUAUAACUGGAUGGUGGUCAUCUUACUCAUGAUCUACCUUCUGGUGACCAACAUCCUCCUCAUCAACCUUCUCAUCGCCAUGUUCAGCUACACCUUCACGAAGGUCCAGGAGCGCAGCGACGUCUACUGGAAGUUCCAGCGCUUUAAAGUCAUCAUCGAGUACCAUUCUCGCCCGUGCCUCGCUCCGCCCUUCAUCAUCUUCUCCCACUUUCACCAGUUUAUCAAACGGAAUAUCCGCAAGGUGCCCUCAGAGAAGAUCCACCAGUUUGCUGUAGACCUAAUUGAUAAGGCCAACAACAGGAUGAUGACCUGGGAGAACAUUCAGAAGGAGAACCUCCUGUCUGCUGAGGGCAAGAAGCAAAGAGAGAGUGAAGCUGAGAGGCUGAAGCGCAUGUCUGUCAAGGUGGACGGGGUUCUGAAACAGACGGCUGAGAUUAAGGAUGUUGAUCGUAGAUUACGAGUGCUGGAGUCAGAGAUGGAGUUCUGUUCUGCUACUCUGCUGUGGAUGGCUGAUGCUAUGUGUCAGAGUGGAGUACUGAAGGCAGCUAAGCCUCCUCCCACACGCAAAGUAAAUCCCUCCAGUCUGGAGAGCUGAGCAGGGAUUCUUCUGUCCUUCUCUCAUCUUUCAUCCCUCCUUCAUCCCCAUCUUAUCUCCUCAUGCGCACAAGGACACGUCAGGUGUGUGAAAGAGACUGGCGGCUGUAUUUUGUGGAACUUUGGGUGGAACAGUGUUCUCACUUUCCAUUUUAAGUCGCUAUUGUUCUUCAUGUUCUUGGGAAAUGACCACUGAAGACAGGAUACGGGGGAAAUACAGAUGAAUUUAGGGUUAUAUUUUUAUAUGAUGAAAGUUGUCUCCAAAAAUAUGUUGUGUUUAUUUUUCUUGAGAAUACUUUAUUUUAAUAUUUUUGUGAAUAUUUUUAUUUAUUUUUAAACACUGAUGUUUUCUUAUGUCUUAUUUGCCUCAUUCCUGUUUUUAACGAUGUGAUGUGAUUCAGCCUGUGUUUAUAGAUAUUAGUGAGUAUUAGGGUCAGAAACCACAUAAACAAGUCAGUGAAUGUUGUAACCAUCAGUACAUGUCCUACUCCUGACUGCCACUGAACUGUGAGUGAAUAAAUUCAGCUAAGCAAGUUUUAGUAUUUCAAACUAAAAUAAAAAUCCUGUCUAAAGCUACGUUCACAUCACAAGCCACAUUGCUCAAAUCAGAUUUGUCUAUCUUGAUGGUUUACAUUCACAAAUGUAAGUGAUCUGUGUGUAAUGUGAACAUAGAGAGAUGAAAGACUCGUAGCUUUAUGAAGGGAAAUGGAUGAGUUUGUUAGCAGCUCAUAUGUGGAGCAUCUUUUGCUGGAGUGGAGAAACAGGUAACAGCUGGUCUGAAGUUCAUGCUCAGGUCGAAGAGGUGAAAAAAGGCCAGGUUUUGGUUUGCUUUUGCUGUUUAGAGAUACAGUGUGGGUACGAGAGAGAAGCACGUAGCACUAAUGCUAACGCGUAAAAUCAAAAAGAAAAAGCAUGAAUUCUGAUUUGACCGUUUACAUUCAUGUCAUAUGUCCAUGGACCGGAUACAUAAUUAGGAGUCCAAUCUGAUUUGAAAAAAUGAGAUUUGGCCCGUUCACCCAGCCAUGAAAAAAUCUGAUCUGAGCCACAUUGAGCAAAAAAAUCUGAUUUGAGUCACUUCAGCUAGGUAAUGUGAACGUAGCCUAAGUGCUUGUAGGUUUCUGGAAGCUCGUCCCUCAAAAUAAAAGUCACUAAAAAAAAGAGACGAUGUCAAAAUAAAAGUAAUUUAUACAACAGGACAGACCAUGUCAGAAUAAGUCAAUAAUUAAAAAGAAUAAAUAGACUAUGUCUAAAAUAAAAGUCUUAAUAAAGACAAACAGGCUGUUGCUGGGAAGCAAGUAACAAAUGAGUAGCAGUAACCCAAAAGACUCACACAUUUAUUUUAUUUUUUUCGGAUUUGUGACAAAAAAGUGAUUCUAUCUGAACUGUGAGACUCUGAUUCUUUACACCGCUUUUAAACACUGUAAACAAGGUGCACUGCUGGAAAAUAUGAGCUACAAUUGACUGUGCUCUCAAACAUUUAGCAUGCUAAAUAUCUGACCCAGUUGGCGACUGGGAGUCAAGAGCAACGUAGAAGGAGGGAACCACAAGUUCAAUACCCAUCUUCUGCAUAACCUUUAAAGUUCCAGUAAAGUAGGCAUGUCUACAACAGAUGUGUAUUGAUGGUAACAUUUUUUUUUAACAGCUCAGUCUAAUUUACUUCCUCUGCUUUGAGUUUUUUUCACUUAUUAAAUGUAUAUUAGAUACAUCGCUGCAGCAGGAAUUACUGUAAACUCUGUAAUAUCAGUCUGAACACAAGCUUAAGUUCAUGUCCGGUCGAGCCCAGUUUAUAAACACAAUGCUGCAUCACUGUGAUUACACAACACUGCUGUUUCUAUUCUUUAUUAAAGGUUCAGCAGGGUGGAGGCUUUCUGAACAGCUAUGAAAACUCUGAAUGUGCCAAAACUCCUUCUGGAGCCACUGAAGAAGCAGCUGACUGUUCAGUGCUGACAGUGUGACUCUGUACCUCAACACUUUACUCUCACUCAUGUUUACAUUCUGUUUCUAAUGUAUUGAAAGAAUCCAGUGCUGUUACUGUGUUCAGAUACUCAGAUUUAAAGGGGAAUUUUACUGCACUGUUUUUCUAAACUCUGAACAUGUUCACAGCGGGGGUUUGGUGUGAAAUUGCACAGUGAUGGUGGUGAAUAGUUCCAGGCAAUAGUAACAUUCUAGUUACUAUCAAACUCACCAGUGAACCUGUUAUAGGGACUAUUAUUAGGGACAAUUUUUUAGGGACUAUUCCGUAACAUACAAUAUGGGGCUUAAAAGCUGACGUAAGUAUUUGAAGCUGCAUUUUGUAUAUUAAAAUUAAAUUUACAUAACUUUUAAUCAAGUUAAAAUAUUAAAAUUCUGAUACAUACAUUUUAAUAUCCAUAUGUUCAAAUCUGUCGGCCAGGUGUUUCACCUUAAUUUGUGAAUUUUAAACCAAAAAUACUGUUAAAAUUAAAAUCUAUAAAUUACAGCAUUACAAUUUUUUUUGUAGUUACUAUAAAUAAUGAUGUAUUUAUAAUUAUUAAUUAAUUAGUUUUCAGCAUCUACUAUAAUUUAUUUAGUGUUUACCAUGAAUGAUUUAUUAUUGUAUGUACUGUGAAUAGUUGAGUUUUUAGUAUCUACUGAAGAAUUGUUUGGUGUCAAGUUAUUUUAGUUAUUGCAUUCAAUAUUUCACAUUUAUUUAUCAAAAUGAUCAAAUUAUUUUAGCAAAGAUCAGGUACAUUUGAUUCAGAUACAAAAUGUAGACUUAAAUUUGUACUUCAGCUUUUAAACCCCAUACACAAUGACUUGCAUUGCAUGUAUCUCUCCACCAAGGUGGUUAACCUGUGCAGUUUUACAGGAUUUUUAUACCUAUAUUCUUCUGAGAGUUGUGUUAUCUCAGACAUCAGGCAGUGUGCAUUUAGUGUAACAAUGUUUUAUAGAGGUACCUUUAAUUUAAGACAUUUUUUAAUAAUUCUGAUGGAUGUAAAACUUUGUUUUAUAGGGUUUUAUGGCCGUUGGUGGGGUUUGUAAGGGUGUUGUUGGGAUGGUUAUGGUGUGUAGUUUAUUGUGUAAAUGAUUACAGUUGUAUUGAUGAAUAAACUGCUGCUAAACUCCAUGAAA